GGACAAAGUUUAGCUACAUUACAUGCUCAUAAAUUCACUGUGAUGGACAUAAAGUGGAAUCAGAAUGGUAACUGGUUAUUAACAGCAGCUAGAGAUCAUCUUAUGAAGUUAUUUGAUAUUAGAAAUCUCAAAGAAGAACUUCAGGUCUUUAAAGGUCACAAGAAGGAAGCUACAGCUGUGGCAUGGCAUCCAAUCAAUGAGCAGAUGUUUGCCAGUGGAGGAUCGGACGGUGCAAUCAUGUUCUGGAAUGCUGGGACAGAGAAAGAGGUAGGAGCUAUUGAGGAAGCACAUGAAGCAAUCAUCUGGGACUUGGCCUGGCACCCACUGGGUCAUAUACUCACAUCUGCCUCUAAUGAUCAUUCUACGAAAUUUUGGACACGUAAUCGACCAGGUGAUGCUAUGAGAGAUAAAUACAAUCUGAACAUAAUGGCAUAUGGUCCUGAUGGGGAGAUUAUAGAUAUAGAUGCGGAUGUACCACUGGGGGAAAACAAAAGUUUACUGCCAGGAAUGGGACUAGAAUUUGGACUACCUCCUGAACCAGAGAUAAAACCUGAACCAGUGGAGGAGGAAUUACCAUCUAUCCCUGGGCUAGACUGGUCCUCGGAUGCUCAGUACUUUAAAGAACAACAAGCCAAAAUUGAGGACAGGCAGCCUAGGAAGAAAGCACCUUACUCUAGACCUAUCCCGAAAAGUUUUGAACAGGCUUGGAUCACCAACCAGCAGCCUGGAACACUCGUUAAAGAUGUUGAAGGUAAAAUGAAGAGAGGUAGAAUUCAGUCAUUGCUUACACUAGACCUGCCUGCUAAACCUAGAAAAGAAGAAUUUGAUGAUAGAGGAAAUAGGCUCAUAGACCCUAAUAUAGAUCAAUCAAAUACAGAGGGAUUUAACCCGUUACCAGAUGAUCAUAAUCCUUAUCUUGAUGAUGCAGACGAUCAGUUUCCCGAUGAUCAGGAUUUCCGUGGUGACCAGGAUUUCCGCAGCGACCAGGAUUUCCGCAGUGAUCAAGAUUUCCGAGAAGAUCAGGAUAUGAGGGAUGACCAGGACUUCCGUGGUGAUAUGGACUUCAGACAGGCUGAAGGGGGUGGGGGUUAUAACGGUCCUGGUUCCGUUGGAUCAUUUGGGUCUCAAGGUGGAGGGCCUAAGGGUAGAGAUGGAGGUAGAAGAGGGGGUGGUGGUCCGAGGCAGGGCUUCCACGGGGAUAGAAGUUUUGGACAUGAAGAUAUGGAUCAUGAUAACUAUGAUCGUGAUUAUAAUUCCGGGCCAAAUAACAGACCACCUGAUGGUGGAGGACAACAGAGACAGUUCGGGCAGAAAAAUCCCCCAAGCUUAAUGGAUCUUAGUUUUAAUUCAAAUGAAUCCUCAGACUUAAAUUUGAAAGAUCACAGUCCUGGACCAAAAGGUCGAGGACGAGAAGCGCGAGGACGUGAUAGACAUGGGGAAAGAGGUGGUAGAGGGGGUCAGGAUGGUUUCAGAAACAACAGGGGGAGGGGAGGUAGUAAUAAUAAUAGAUUUGAGGAUAGAGGUGGACGAGGAAACUGGAAUGAAGAUGGAGAUAAUAGUUUUAGUGAAAAUAAUGACAGUUUUAAUGAUUCACAGGGCAGUAGCAACAGUGGUGGUUAUAGAGGAGGUGGCAGCAAACCUAGAGGUGGCAGAGGAAACUAUAGAGGUGGUGAAAGGAGAGGUGGUAGGGGUGGACAAAGGGGUAAUUACAGGGGUGGCGGUGAAAGUAGAGGUGGGGGAAGGGGACGAGGGCGGGGAAGGCGUUGAACAUACUCUCGUAAUACCGAGAGUAAACAAGAUGUUCAACAUUAUUUUGUGUCUUCUAUAGACCAAAAAAGUGCAUUAUUGAAAUCUUUUUGUAUAAGAUUGGGUAAGCCAGGCUUGAUUUGUUGACAGGUAUGCCUCACGCAGCUCAAAUGUGAAAAUUUACAAUUUUGCCCAAAAAUACAACGGUGCAAAUAUUUCCCUUAUUCAUCACUACUAAAGUGGAGAAGAAGAAUUCUAGUGAAACUGUUCAUAGUUAAAGUUACAACUGUAUGGAUCUUCUGAAAAAUUUCCAUCUUAAGACUGACAUGUCCAAAUCAUCAUACAGGCUGUUAGUUUGUCUGGAAAGAGAAGUGUCUACACUCUACAUAAGAAUAUCCAGUUUGGACAGCUGAAGUUUUAUUCAAUUUUUUAUGUUGGGAAUAAAUACACAUUUAUGUCCUGCACUUGGUUAUGCUAAUUGAAUACUGAUCAAGUUUCACAGCACCAGGGAUCGAAAAAUUGUCUCAGAGCCAUAAUUGUGUCCUUCAAGAUGAGAUGUUGUUAAAUUCUUUGAGCUGGCUCGAUUUUUAUACUUGUCCAGCUGUAAAUAUCCUCUUAUUCUACUAGUAAAUUCAAGUAGAGAAGUGAAUUUUUCAGUCUUCGUGCACUUACAUUGCAAUUGUACAGAGAUCAGUUGUAGAUAUAUUUGUUCAUGUAUAUAAAUAUGAUGAAUAUAGUUAAUAGUGUGACCCAUUUGUAAAUUUUAAUGAAUUAUCUUCAUUUAGUUUUGAUUUCUAUAUGACCUAUGUAUACCAUCUAGGAUGGUCAGUUUAGCAAGUAAAUCUUGACACUUAUUUUAAACUAUGUUGAUACUUUGGUUUAAUAGUGAGGCGGUGGCCUAGUGGUUAAGGUGUCUGCCUCUCAACCCAGAGAUCAAGGGUUCAAGCCCUACUCGGGUUACGACCAUGUUUCGUCAUUUGACGCCAGUACUGGUUGAUUCCAGGAAGCGGACUCGAAAGUGAUUAAUAUAAGUUUCAAGAACUUGUUUCGCUUAAAUAAAUAUGUUUAAACCAAUAGUGAGGCAAUAUUUGUACUAAUAGCAUGUAGGAUAUACAUGUAUUAAGAGAUCGUUCUUGAAGUCAGGAGUUAAAAAUAUUUGUAUAAAGAUUUAUAUCAACAUUUUUCUGUUACCAAAGAAAUUCUAUUUUUCUGCUCACUAGUACAAAUGUCCUUAAACAUCUGGUGUAUUUUGAGUUUGUAAUGAAUUUUUUACUAUCUGAAAAAAUGGUAGUGACAUAGGCAAUGGUCAUGUUUCAAUGUUGACAGAGUUGCCUUAAAUUGCAUGUUUGAACAACUGAGUGCUAAACUAGGUCCAUAAAUUAUAGUUAUGUAAAUUCAUAUUUCAUAUGCAGUAUUGGAUUUAAUGUGACGUGCUUUUGGUUAGUUUGAAGUUGAUAAAGUGUCGAAAGUAAGUGUGAAAUAAAAAUAUAUUUAUAGGUCCUUGUACUUUCAGAUAUAUUUAGCCAUGUCUGUAAGCAAUUUGAUUAUUAAAUGUACCGUUCUCAUUCUAUAACGAUAUGUCAAUAAAUCCGUCCUUAUUUCAUUUCGUGAGUACAUCCUAAAUAAAUCAUUCCAUUGUUUCAAAUUUAUCUUUAUCAGAAAGGAUCAGCUUCUUGAAAAGGCAUAUCCUAGUUAAAUUUUUGUCGUAGACUUUUCCUGUUAUUCUCUGUUAAUUUAAAGGAUAUAGUUACCAGAUUCCUAAAAUUGAGUAUUAAUCAGUAAAUUGUUUGUGCACACUGCAGAGAAGUGCAGUCUGGCUUUGAGACUAUAAAACUUGAGUUCCGUUUCUAAUCUCAGGAUUUUCAUUGGUCAAUAUACAUUCUGUGCUGGUUUCUGACCAAUUAAACACUUUAGAUUUGAGUUUUAGCUAUAACCUUGGACCCAAAGUGCGAGGUUAUAAAAGAAAAUUCUUGGCUCAUACUCGGAUCUCCGAUUGGUCAGAAAUCGCUGGCUGUUGUGGCUGAGGGGUUGCCUUUAAUGGUUGAAACAUAAGAAUUGCAGUCACUGUUUAUACCUACAUUUUUGCAAGAGACAACUAAAUAGGUUCAAAUAACUGGAGUCCAUGCAUGUCUCAGCUCAAGCAGGUGGUUUUUACCCCUGAUGUGGCUUUGAAGUUUGUAACACGUUCAAAAUGAGAGUUUUGUUGAAAAUAUCUUCAAUGCAAGUAUCCAUCAGUUACACUCUGGACAGGACCUGUUUUGAGUGUUGUAUAUUUGUAAAAUAUUUGCUUAUAUAACUUAUAACUGGUGUCUUAGACAUUGGUUAUUUGAAUGAAUGAAUCUGUACUUUAGUAUACAAAAUAUUUGAGUAACUGAGAAUUUGAUUCUAUUACAUUGUUUCUCAAGAAAUCACCGCAUGUUUUAUAUAAUUGAGAAUGAUAUAUGAUGAUGGCAAUGCAGUAAAAACUUCUACUAUGA